AUGCCUCUCUUAGACUCAAGACUUGGGCAGGACGAACAGCUUCUGAAUCACGUCUCCAAGAACGAAAGAAGAAAAGCCAAUCCCCUUGGCCUGGCUGGUUCAAUGCUUGAGAAAGAAUUCCAGGUGAUGGUUUGUUUACUGCUGGUGGAACUGUGUGAAAAAUUCACUUUCUUCGGCAUCGUCUGUAACAUGCUCCUUUUCUGCACCAUCAAGCUCGAGUAUCACAAUUACGAGGCAGCCAUGCUCAACGUUUGCUUUGUUGGGGCAUGCAUGGUGACCCCAGUUCUGAUGGGCUGGCUUGCCGAACACCCAGUGGGACGGAUCAGAUUGGUGUACCUCUGUGCCUUGCUGCAUUUUAUCGGUACAGCCCUAUUACCUGUGGUGGCCUUUCCUUUCGAGGAUUUUUUCAUAGAUAAGCACUAUGUCCUUCACACUUUGGCUAAAAGGGAGCAGAAAGCCCUCUUCUACACUGCAUUGUUGGCCACCUGCCUUGGCUCCGGAGGAAUAAGAGCCAUCGUGUGCCCUUUAAGUGUUUAUAAUCCUGAUGAACAUAAAUCGAAGGCACUUCUGUCAUUUUUCUACUGGUUUUAUUGGUUGGUCAAUCUAAGUUCAGCUGUUGUCUUUGUCAGCAUUUCUUAUAUCCAGCAGUCGGUGGCCCAAAACCUAGGCUUUCUUAUUCCGUUUGUUUCAGUCCUUAUGGGACUGAUCACAAUUCACAUGGCACGUAGCGAAAUGAUUUAUCAGCCUCCAAAAGGUAGUUGCCUGUUGACUGUCUGUGGCAUAGUCAUAAAUGCAUUGAAGGUGUGCUGCGUACAAUGCCGCUACUUCAGUGGGAACGUAACAAACUGGCUAGACCAUGCAAAGGAAAACUAUGGAGGCCACUACACUGAAACACAAGUGGAAAACACAAAAUUGCUCAUCCGUCUUUUUCCUUUAUUUGCCUUUCAAAUCCUCUAUAGAUUGUGUGUUAUGCAGAUUCCAUCAGGAUAUUAUCUACAGACAAUGCAUUCAAAUUUGAAUCUGAAUGGAUUUCUUUUGCCAAUCGCUGCCAUGAAUUUAAUAAGCAUCUUACCAUUUUUAAUUCUGGCUCCUCUUCUCGAGUGUGUCAAUGCUUGUCUGUUGAAUGCCAAAACAAGUGGAUGGUAUCCUAUGAUCUGUAUUGUUGUAGGUAACACGUCUGCUGCCCUUUCCAUGGCUGUUGCGGGGUUCUUUGAACUACGUAGGAAGCAUUUUCCUCUGGUUGAGCAGAUACUUUCAGGCAAAGCUCUCCUCGUUUCCUCUAUGUCGUGCCUCCAUCUGGCUCCACAGUACCUCUUGCUCGGUGUGGCAGAAACUCUGGUGACUCCCACCUGUGCCUUCAUUACAUUCAGAUUUCUGCCAGGCCAAAUUCGUGGGGUUGCCAUGCAAAUCUUAACCUUCUUCAAUGGAGCUGGCUGUAUCAUGGGGGCCUUCCUUAUCCAAACAACUUACAUUGGUUCACAAGGUGAGUGGUUUCCGAACAUUCUAAAUGAGGGUAAAUUUGAGAGAUUUUACUUCUUCUUGGCCUCAUUAAUGAUCAUGAACACACUGGGCUUCGGGACCAUUUCAUACAAAUAUAAUAAUCUGCAGCAAGACUAUGAUGAAGGAUUCAGAGGGAGCCUUCUUCAGGAGCAACUUUUACAGCAUGAGAAAUCACUUACAUUUUAUGAUAGCAUCCUGGAUUGCCCCUCUCCUUUGUCCCCGAUGGAGACUCUCCUGUGAACUUAUGCUCUGAAAAUGACUGAGAACUUGGUCCACUCUGUCUUCAGAUUAUUGUCUGUCAACUUUUAAUAAUGUGUUCCUUUCUUUGUUUAUGGAUUGACUUAGCAAUAGUGGAUUGUAGUUUAUCUUUUUCAUGUCUGCUUCUCUCUGUAAAAAUUAUCUCUAUAAGUUCAGGACCUACAUUUGAAUGAUUCUAAAUCCAUACAUCUCACUCUUUUUCCUAUUAAAGAGUGUUUCGUGGGUGACAGAGCCUUUUAAUAAGGCAAGUUGACUUUUUCUAAUGUCAUGUUCGAUAUGUAGUACAGGUAUCAGAUCUGGACUGCAGAAAUCCAGACAAUGGCAUCAAAGAGUUAGAUUUUUCUGUAUAUCUCUUCGCUGCCAUCUAGUGGUCAUCCAGAGUUUUGCAGACCAGAUCUGGUAGCCCUGUAUGUACAGAAACAUCUAUCUCUAAAAGAGUCUUUCAAACGGAAAGUUGUAUAGUGGGAGUUAUAAGAAACUUUAUUAGAUCCAAAGUCAUUUUAGAAUGAACUAAUGUUUCUUACAAUUCCCACUGUACAACUUUCCCUUUGGAAGACUAUUUUUUGGAGAUAGAUGUAGCGCUUAAUGAAAAAAGAAGACAGUUACUUCUGGAAUCCUUGAGUAGAAGCAGGAGACUCCUGUUCCAUUAGAGACAGUCCCCUUAUAAACUCCAUCACACUGGAGUGUAUACAAGGGGACUGUCUCUAAGGGAAUAGGAGUCUCCUGCUUCUUCUCAAGGAUUCUAGAAGUCCAUCUCACAGUGACAAAGGGAACGAAAGGUGUAUGUCCAGCCAAUGUUCAAGUGAAUAAGUGUAUAACUAAUAUACUAAAAUUCUCAUGAGUUAUUUACAGGGGCAAGGUCCAGCUCAUGAGUUAGAACUUUGCAAAAUCUUUUCUAAUGACCAAAGUUGAGCUUUGGAUGGCAGUCUGAGCAAAAACUUCAGGGUCAUGGGAUUACCCACUACAGCUACUACCUACAGCUUUUUGGCUUAACUGAACUUUGGGGUCUACCCUUAUUGCUAAUACCUUGUCUUUGAUUCUUGUGCUGACUUUAAACUCUGCCUGCUGCUACAUUCUCUGUUCAAACUCUAGGAAUUAAUCUUGUACUGCCUACUGAUUCUGCUGUAAAUGAUUGAACACCUGCAUAUUUGCUAUAGUUCCUGGCUCACCUGGCAGCCAUUGGCUGGAUGAAAACCAAGGAAAUUGACCAUGAACAAUGGUUAGCAGCAGUGUGCAGCAACAAGUGUAGAAUAAUACACAGAUCGGUUUAGCAUGGAACUCCAAGUUUAGCACUUAACCAUUCUUUGUUUGCUGAUGUCAAGUAUAGCAGUAGUGCAAGGAGAAUGUAUUUGUACUAGUAAAGCAGCAGGAAGGAGAAAGGUCUACCAGGUCUGGGCUGUACACCCUACCUCUUGCAAUAAUUUGUGAUGGGGACAUAGAUUUUACCACCAAACAAUAUAUUGUGAGUAAUCCUUGUUUGUAAUACACCACUUAUUUGUUUGGCUUGUUCUUGCAAGGGUAACUAAAGAUCUGCUUGCUUUAAAACAAAACUUGCUCUUGAUAAAAUUGAAAGUGUGAGAACUGGAUGCUUUAUAUUCCUCUCUUUCCCUUUCUUACACCUUUUAACUGGAUACUUUGCAAAUGCUCUCUAAUAAUAAUGGAUUUGGAAGUGUUCUCAUGAUUGACCAUUAUGCUUUAAUCUGAGUGGGUAAAGAAAGAAAAUAGUGCAAAUCCAACCUAAACUUAGGGAACAUUUGACUGAUUGAUUGAUUACAUACCAUCAAGUCAGUGUUGACUCUUAGUGAUUCCAUAGAUAGAUAUACUCCUGGAUGAUCUUUUCCAAUCAGGCCCUUCAGGUCUUCCAGAGGUGCAUCCAUCAGUGCUGUAAAUCAUCCAUUCACCUUGCUGCUGGUUGCCCUCUUCUUUUCUUUCCUUCCGCCUUUUCUGGCAUUAUGGACUUCUCAAGAAAGUUAGGUUUUUGUGUCCAAAAUAUGCUGAUUUGAGCCUGGUCAUUUGUACAUCAAAUGAGAACUGUGGAUUGAUUUCUUCUAUGAUUCAUUUGUAUGUUUUCUUGCCUAUCCAUAGUGUUCUCAGGAGUCUUCUCCAAUAGCAAAGUUCAAAGUGUCAGUAUUCUUUGUAUCCUACAAAAAGUCCAAUUUUUGCUUUCAUAGAUUGUCAAAAGGAAAGCCAUUGCUUGCUUGCAUGAUUCUGAUCUUUGUCGGCAUAGACAUAUCAUGGCAUCUGAAUAUCUUUCCAAGGCUUUCAUUGCUAUUCUAUCAAAUGCUAGUCUGCGGCAUAUUUCUUGAAUGCUUGUUCUUCUACUGUUGAUAGUCCUAAAUGACAGAAGCUCUUCACCACUUCAGUAUCUGCAUGUCAGUUCUAAAGCUGUUUGCUGUACCUGUUGUCAUCGCUUUGGUCAUCCUUAUAUUUAAGGAGAACAUAUACCUAAGAGUCCCCUUCAUGGAUCACUGCCUUGUCGUGGCGAAGGGGCUUGCGUAACUCAGUGAAGCCAUGAGCUAUACCGUGCAGGGCCACCCAAGACAAAUGUUUGAAGAAAAGUUUUGAACAGAGAUCCUUCUCCCCACUCCAUCAACAAAGAAUACUAAACAAUAGCAUUGCAGAAAAAUGUAAUCUUCAGAAAAACGCUAAGAGUGUGAUUUUUAGAAGUGACUAAAGAAAAGGAAACAUUAAAUUGCCAGGACAGGUCAGUGUUCUGUUAAUAAAUGAAACAAUACAUUAAAAAGUUAA